UGCUUAGGCAUGACUUCGGUGUUGACUCACAGUGCAAUGACUACAGGAAAGGAUGAUGACAACUCGAUGAAGUUACUCGUGGCUGUGUUGAAUGGGGUACUCUCUGUAUGGACGGCCGCACAGAUGAAGCUAGGAUGGAACCAGAAGUAUCAGUCGGCCAACUCGACUCUGAUCAAGUACAGAGACAUGAGUGGAAGAGUGGCCAUGUUGUGUCUCAUUCUCGACUGCCAGAAGACCAAAUCAGCCGUUGGCGUUGUGGAGUUCAUCAACAACUGUUACGAGAACGAGAAAAACAUCAUGCAGAGUGAGAUUGCCAUUCCCACCUUCAUCGCCCGCAAGUACAGGAAGGCAGCCAUCUCCAAGGGUGGCAGUAGAUCACAAUCCAGAAUCCAAUCCGGACGGGUAUCCAGGGCCUCCAGAGAGGGAACCCUUCAGAAUCCCCAGUUGCGAGGACUGACUGAGAAUGUUGAGAUGGGAAAUUUGGCCCAAGAUGGUAAGCUUGCCAAUAAUAGUGUGAGUCCUGCAGGGAUUAACAAGGGUGGACAGCAGGAGGAGGAGGCGAAGGGGGGCCAAGGGGAGGGAGGGGGACUAUCGAAGAGUGUGUCCAUGACAUCCAUCAGUGCAAUUUUGUCUCAGAGCGACAAGAAUCUGGACAGCAGUCUUCUGCUGGGCGUUCUUCUGAAGCGUUUCCGUAAUCUGAAGUGGGUGUACAGCUUCACAGCCAAGUACUACUACUUCCUCAAUCUAGGCUGUUUCUACACUCCCCUGCUGGUAUUCGGCACUACCAACACCAUCUUAGCAUCCAUCAUCAUAGACGAAUCUGCCGACAACAUCUCGUCCCUGGUUAUCAAAAUAUCAACUGUCGUGUCAGUCCUCACAGGUCUUCAGAUGACGUUGCAGUGGGAGAGUGAGAGUUCCAAGUGCUUCGAGGCACAUCACUUAUACAGCAAACUGGACUCUGAGACCAGCUACAGAUUGAUGUUGUCGGAACAGGGCGUGGCCAUCAAGAAUGCAGCUGAGUUCGCGUGGAAGUGCAAAGAGAUAGAGGAGCAGACAGUGGACGCCGCCCCUGCUAUACCCCAAUAUGUGCUAGACCACAUUAGGAAACUACAGAACAGCAAACAAGUCACUGCUACGCCCUUCGAGUACAACAAAGCCCCGGCCCCGGCGGGGAUCGAAGAGACGGUGGUGGGACUGCUGGGAGCCGCACCCGGGGGGAGAAAAUUGAGUGCGGUGAUACCUCCCAUAUAAGGAAAGAAGAUAGCGUGACAGAUAUCAGGAAGAAUAAUAGUUUAUCAUCUGUUGAUAUGAUUAAUCGACCAAUGCAUGAAAAAAUGUACAAAAAAGUCGGUCGAAUCAAAGAUUUAUUUCCUAAUUUCAAACUUGUGAGAAGCGAACUACUUAUUUACUACAAAUCCUCACAAAAAUAAUGCGCAGCUCUGUGGAAAAGAUCUAUAAAUUGUUGGAAUGGCCAAGUCGAUGGAGCUCAGAUAAUCACUCUUUUACUUAUGCAUGUAAGUGAAAAGGCGUUCUUUGACCAUUUUGUGCAGAUUGUAAGUUUCCAUAAGCUAUUAUUCCUUUCAGCAAAAUUCAAUUGUUUUUCAUGAAAUUUAUUUGCCUUGCCAUCAGCAGCAUCACUGCUCAUUAAAUGGAACUCGAGCACUUUCAAUUUUUUGUUGAUGAGAAUUAUCACUUGUUGGUGGCAAGUCUUUUAAUAAAUUUUCUGCUUGGCAGCUUACGCUUGUUAAACAUGAUUUAACCAUGUUCAAAAAAUGAAAUUUAUACAUAUGUGGAAUCAAAUGGUUUUCUC